AUGGCUCUAAAUCAAUUAGUGAGCGUCGUUCAUAUUAACCAAUAUUAUUUUUUACCUUCAAUACUGACAAGAGAAAGUUACGCGCGCACUGCUGUUGUGGUAAACGGUAGAUGUAACGGAACAUCUGAGCUCCUUUCUGAAGCCUCAGAAAAUAGAUGCUUUAAUAAAACCUAUCAAUGGUUUCUCUGGGGCGUAGACCUUGAAGUUCAUUCGUUGUUUCCAUUACAACUGAACUAUGUUGGGCCAAACGCUCAAAUAACAUAUGUUAAUAAAACAGAUGAUGGAUAUGCAUAUUGGGAUAUCCACUCAAAAGGACGACAUUUACGAUCCGCAUUAGAAGUUAAUUUGAUAGGAACUUUAAAAAAUGGUAAAAUGAACAUGGUUCGUGAUAUUUUUUAUUUACAAAAUAGAUUUCGUGGUCAAUUUAACGGAAUAACACUACGAGGAGCUAGCGUUAUCGACAAAGAUGAUAUUAUUUCAAAUGAACAAAUUGAAUCAAUUCUCUCACGACCUACCAAAGAUUCCGGAGUCGCGGCAUUCAUAAAAUACCACUAUGAGCUUUUGACUCUUUUGCGAGAACGUUUUAAUUUCACCGUUAAUUUUCGAAAUUCUAGAGGUUGGGCGGGACGUUUGGGAAAUACAACUUUCCGGCUUGGUCUGUUGGGAAUAGUAAUGCGCAAUGAGGCUGAUAUUGCAGCAUCUGGAGCCUUCAAUCGGAUUAAUCGGUUUGCCGAGUUUGAUAUAAUACAUCAAAGUUGGAAAUUUGAGACGGCGUUUCUGUACCGUUAUACCCCAGACCUAGAUACACAUGGGUCAAGCGGAAACUUCUUAUCCCCAUUCAGUGAUAGAGUUUGGGUUUUCUCCUUGUUAACUGUUUCAGCUUUUAACAUAAUAUGGAUAAUAUUUGAGAUAGUUGAUAAAAAGUUUCAACAAAGGAGAGCGGUUUUAAAACUUGAACCUCUACUUAAUGCGGAUAAAGAUAAAUUUGACAUUAAAACUACUUGCGUAGAAAGGAUUCUCCAGACAUUUGGUGCUAUGUGUCAACAGGGUUUGGACCCAACUCCUAGAGACCGUUCCGUGCGAUUCCUCGUAAUUACAUUAUUUCUGUUUUCCCUGGUAAUGUACAAUUAUUACACAUCUUCUGUGGUGGGAGGAUUGCUGAGCUCUUCAGAUCAAGGACCUGCAACAGUGGAUGAGAUAACCUCUAGUCCAUUAAAAAUUUCGUUUGAAGAUAUCGGAUACUACAAAGUUUUAUUUAGAGAAAGUAAAAAUGCUUCUAUAACGAGAUUAAUAGAAAAGAAACUUUCAUCAUCAAGAUCUCCUAAUGAAUUGGGGAUAUUUUCUCAUAUUGAAGAAGCUAUACCAUAUCUCAAGGCCGGCGGUUUCGCUUUUCAUUGUGAAGUAGUGGACGCAUAUCCAGUUAUUGCAGAGUUUUUUGAUGCUAAGGAGAUUUGCGAUUUGCGUGAUGUUUCUGGACUAAUGGAAGUUGAAAUUUUAAAUUGGAUUUUCCCCAAAAACAGCCAGUAUGCAGAAAUUUUUCGAACAGCUAUGUGCAAUGCGCAGGAGAAGGGUUUUGUGGAACGAAUCCUUCGACGGCGACACCAAAAACCCGCUUGUCAGUCAUUGUAUACUGUGUAUCCAGUAAGUCUAGCUGGUGUCUUCCCUGCUUUCAUUAUUUUGAUUUGUAAGAAUUCUGAAAAUCUAUCUUAA